AUGCGACGCCUCCCAUCCCGGUUGAGUUAUCUGUGAGUAUUUCCUGCGACUCUCAUUUAUACUUCUGUUGAUUAAUGUUUGAUUAAUGUGCCCUAAUGUAUUAUAACUAAUUUAUUAUUCUAUUUUUCAGGUUCCUACACUUCUUCGCAUUCUGCUACUAUGCUCAGGUAUGCUUUGAAAUAGCCCAUAUAUUUUGUAUAUCAGCAGGCAUUGUGAAAAUAAUAUAGUAUUCUUGAUUAUGAUUUUAAAUAUCUCACGCGUUUUCGAAUCAUUUACAAAUAAUUUACACUGUUCAGUCUAUCAGUGGAUUAUUGGAUACAACUGUACAUCUCCUUAGAUGACAAGUCAUUAUUUUACGCAUCUUGAAAAUUCGUAUAACUAACCUAAAUCAAAUGUCACUGUUAAAACAUAUGGUUAGGUUUCUGGGGCUGAAAGCACGGUGUAAUAAUAGCGAGCAGUGAGGGAAAGAGAGAUGAGAGAUCAUAUAAUUUGUGAUAUAACAACAUAUCAGAUGGGUCCCACGGCGCAAGGGGCAGCGGGCGCGCUGCAUGCCGCCCGCGUCACAGUUUGGCAUGGUAUAUGUUGCGAACAUACUGCCCUCGCGCAGGAUGCGUGGGCAUAGAAUGGGCAUCGUGUUGGGAAAGGCGAGUCUGUGAAAAAUGUCGUGGGGUUUAAAUAUAAAGGCCAAAGUUUCGUCAUCAUUCCUUCAUUGUCCUCCUUGAAACAGAACUAGGGCGUAUGGCUAAGUGUCAAAUAGGGAAGCUUUUAAGAUAGACAUUAAUAUGACCAUUUGCUCCGUUUAAUGUGAGGGAAAUAUUAAACAGUUAUUAUGUAGGCUAUAGCCUAUUUUAUAUGUUGGACAUGUUUUUUAGCGUCUACUUCCACUCACUUUUCCCACAAGCUGUUGAGGCUUGCGCGCACUUUUUAAUUUCUAGGUUUUCAUGCUUUUAAUUAUGCAUGCAUAAUUUAAGGAACUGCAGGCCUUUGUAUUGGCGAUAAAUUGAUAUUGUCUAUUGCAUUUUAUCAAGUUAUGUGUUAUAGACAAUAAUGGCAUGUAGGCCUAAAGUUGGUUUUAGAGCUAAAUAAUUAUGCUAUUAUUGCUUAAUACAUAGGCUACUGUAGUAACAUUGAAGCAAUUUUUGCAAAUACUGAUUGUGAUGACAUUUAAUUUCUGACAGGUAACCAAUCAGUCCCCGCCUAAUUUCACGCAGCAUGUAAGCGAGCAGAGCAAGGUGACGGACCGUGUGAGUCGCAGGUUAAUUCGGACCUAUCAACUUUACAGCCGAACCAGCGGGAAGCACGUGCAGGUUCUGCCCAACAAGAAGAUCAACGCCAUGGCAGAAGAUGGAGACAUACACGGUAAACCCAAUAUCCAAACUUUAUGGAUUUGUUUCAGGUUCUUCGCGUUUUGUCGGUUUUAACUUGCCGAAAUUCAUUAUUAAUAUUUCUAAAACUCCAAACUAACCAACUAAAAUAAACGUAUGGCUACAACAGGCUUAGGCUAUGCCUAUAUAGGCAUAGGGCCUAAAGGCCCAUUUUGGCAUAACAAACUAUCAUGUGCAAGAGGUUAGUAGCCUAAUGCUUACUGUGAAUUGUACAGAAGUUGUUUUUCUGUCGUCGUUUUUUACAUUAAAUAACACGGCCACUGUAUCAGCUGGUAUUGUUAAGAAGAGACCGCAGACCGACAAAAAUGUAAAAUGGAUUGAAGAUUGUGCUGUAGGUGAUUCUCCAGAGAGACUCAUGUCUGGAAGAGCCAUUAGAAAUAAUCUUCCUUCAACCUCCUGAACAUUUCCUGCAUAGCUCUCCUGCUCUCACUUUCCUCUGACCAGCUUCAGAAUCAAAAUAGGGCCUGCCGAAUUUCCAAACAGCCUGCCUGCAUUUUACGCAGAUUCCCCUGGCCAUCCAGGGUACAUUUAGGCUAUGUAUUAUCUUUGCAUAUUCACAAAUUAACUAUUUUGUUCAUGGAAUUUAUAUUUUAAAAUGAAGUCAAUGUUUUUUCAUUUUUUUUCAUUAGGCUAUUCCCAUUGUCAUUAAAUGGUGUUAGAUUUCAAUAUAAUUUGGCAGCAAACUGGACCUUUGACUCUUUGUGUGUAUGCUGCUGUAGGGCCUGUCUAAUGUGGUGUGUGUAUGCACUUGUGUGUGUGUGUUUGUGGUUUGUACCAGAGGGUGUGGAGGUGCUCAGAUCACCUAUGCCAGUGCUACCUGUACCAUGGUAGCAGGUUGUAUGUGUGGGUCUAAAGCUGUGGCUUGCAUGAGCCUUUUAUUGUUUAGCCACACACCAACCAUCUAACCACAACCUUAACCAUAACCGUAACUCAAUAACCACGUGGGUGUGCAUUUUGAAAUGACAGGCCUAUCUGUUGAAUUUUGCUGUGUUUACAAGAAUAGAGGUUGAGCAGUAAAACUAUCAGAUGCACCAUGGGUUAUUUAUUUCUCCAAAUGUUGGUCCAGGAAUGUGUGUCAUCAUCAUGUAGGUAGGGGGAUGGGAAACCCAGGAAGAGUAGGGGCUGCCUACUCAUAACUCUUAGUAAGCCUAUGAAAAGUUUAUUCAUAAUGGCUAGGUAGGCAUUGUGUGCCUCUGUGGAAGGCAACAACAAAAUAGAUAAGCAUAUUUUAGUUUGGAAAAUAAGGAGAUCGGUGUUAUCAAUCAUAGAAGCGGUUGUGAGAUUUACAGUAUCUAUAGACACAUAUUAAGAUAAGCCAUUUAACACCAUUCUAUUUAUGUCCUUCUGUCUCCAAGCGUGAUCUAUGAUAGAGAUGAAUGUGGUGCGUAUGUGUGACAUGAGUACAGAUUUAUAAAAAAAAGUUGAUAGUCCUGCCAGGAUGGCCUUUUAGUUUUCAAAGAAUUGAGAUACACAUGUUUUUAUGAUUCUGCAAGAAUUUAAGCUUGCAUAUAUCCUCAGGAAUGUGUCCCCACAGGUUUUGUGUGUGUGUGAUAUAUAGAAUUUUCUCUUAUGAAAAUGUAAACUGAAUCAACUAAACCAUGUCUUUGAGCAACAUCCUAUUACUAACAGUGCAAAACAGUGCCUGGUUGAUAAUAAAACUCCUUUGUUUCUUCAGCCAAACUCGUCGUAGAGACGGACACGUUUGGAAGUCGCGUGCGGAUCAAAGGAGCAGAGACAGGAUUCUACAUCUGCAUGAACAAGAUGGGAAAGCUGAUCGGGAAGGUAAAGAGAGAAAAUGCAUUUGAGCACUGCACUGGGGGUUAUGAUCUAUGGUUAUGCCAGUGUGCUGCCGUUUUCCAUUGGCUCUGUUUUCGAGCAUCUUAGGCUGUGGUUCCACAGUUUGAUUAUAUUGGAGUUCUGUUUGGGGGUUCUAAGACUUGUGGUUUUGUUUGGCGACUCUGCAAAAGUUCUCACCAUAGUUCAGUGUGGCUGUGGUUCUGUUUGGUGGUUCCCUAUAGCUCCAGAACUGUCCACCUCUGGUACGUUCUGCAUGUGAGAUGGUUAGAGUCAUUGUAUGUUGUUGGAAGUCACCUCCUCUGUGUAGCGUGUUGUGGGUCCGAGGGUGUCUCUGCUCCUCUCUCGCUGUGCUGGCUAAUAAACAGGGCUGCCAUCUCCACCCCCCUACAGAACCCUGCCAGGUGCACCAUCUGCCCUGAGCUGCCUCUAUGCCAUACCAGCCCAGCAACAGCCUGUGUGUGUGUUUGAAUGACUGUAUGUGUAUAUUUGUGUAUGUUGCACUUGCUUUCUGGCUGCAUGGAUGCUAGAUUUAUUUUUAACAGCCCAUUUUGUCCAGCUAGGUUGUUGAGCUUGUUUAGCUACGUUAGUGUUGCCGGUGUGUGACGUGUCACAGACCAGUGAAGGUUGGGCUGGAGGGGCUGUGGGAGGGACGCAGGGCCUAGCUACUGCUCAUAACACAAGAUCACAAACCCCCCUUCACUCUCAAUGUAGAAUACUAGACCAAAAGAAAAAACAUCCACCCCGUCUUACCAUUUCUCAAAACGUAGAGAUAGAAUAAAUGCAAGACAACCAUGUAUUUGAUUGUACCGAAGGGAGACUAGAGUAGUUUAUUUUAGGAUCUAUUGAUUGAUAUUCAAGUCGAUGGGCCCUCUGCGGUUCGAUUCAGCCAUGCCACAAACGAGACAGUGCAGUGCUAAAUAGAAGGAAAUCCACACAUGAAGCUGAUAAUGAAUUUCUUAGGUAUAUCUCCUAUGAUGGCAUGUCUUAGGCUGCUGACCCUUGAGUGGUCCUCACGGAUGUGUCUCUGUGUUUACUGAGGAGGGAGACUCAUUGCUUACUGUCAUCCCCUCUCUCUGAUCUGGGCCUGUAAUGACAGUAUCAUAUGCUUCAUGCGUAUGGGGAGGGCUGCGUGCACACGUGUCUGUGUGUGUGUGCGCAGGGACAUACUGUUCGGGGUAGCCUUCUUACAUCUGAUAUUUCCCAUCUGUAAAUCUUCAUAGAAAGCUCCUUCAGACACUCCGACUGAUCUGGUGUGUGUGUGUGUGUUUGUCUUUCAAAGAAAAAUGGGCAAGGCCGCGACUGUAUCUUCUCAGAGAUCGUCCUGGAGAAUAACUACACGGCGCUGAGGAACGCACGCUUCGAGGGCUGGUACAUGGCGUUCACCAGACGUGGACGCCCCCGGAAAGGCUCGCAAACACGGCAGCACCAACGUGAGGUCCAUUUUAUGAAACGACUGCCUCGGGGAUCCAAUCCCACUCACCCAGCCCAGCACAAGCCCUUUGACUUCGUCCACUACCCCUUCAGCCCCAGGACUAAACGCACACGCUACUCAGCCGAACGCUGA